AUGAAGCUCUAUUCAAUAGCUGUCCUGUUAAAAACACCACAGGAAAAAGGAAAGAUUCUUACUUCUAAAAAUGAGCUCUCGUCUUUUGGAUAUUUCCAACGAUCCACUGUUGCGGAAUUUAUGUCUUUUACAAGUAAAAUUCUUGUAGAAAGAACUGCAACCGCUUCUCGGGCAUCAGUCAAAGAACAGGAAUAUAUCUGCCAUGUGUAUGUACGAAGUGAUAAUCUGGCUGGAGUAGUUAUAGCUGACCAUGAGUACCCACAGAGAGUGGCACAUACUCUGAUUAACAAGAUACUAGAUGAAUUCCCUGAUAAAUGCCCAAAGGCUCAAUGGUCAUCAGUGAAAGAAAACGAAGCUCCAUUCCCAGAGCUGGAAGGUUAUCUUCAAAAAUACCAGAACCCACGGGAGGCAGAUGCAAUGACCAAGAUUCAGUCAGAGCUGGAUGAAACUAAGAUAAUUCUGCAUAACACGAUAGAAGCAGUUCUACAGAGAGGAGAGAAGCUAGAUGAUUUAGUAGAGAAGUCAGAAGGUCUGAGCAUGCAGUCAAAGACGUUUUAUAAAACUGCUAAAAAGACCAACCAGUGCUGUGCAAUACUUUGA